CCUGAUAAUUGGGAUGAAGACGGAGUUGGAAUAUGGAAGCGGCCAAAGAUACCAAAUCCAGCAUACAAAGGACCAUGGAAACUAAAGAAAAUCAAGAAUCCUAACUACAAAGGGAAAUGGAAAACUCCAUGGAUAGAUAAUCCAGAAGCUGAAGAUGACCCUGAUCUGUAUGUGCUUCAGCCUAUCAAAUAUGUCGGCAUUGAAGUUUGGCAGGUUAAAGGCGGUUCAGUAUUUGACAACAUUUUGAUUUGUGAUGAUCCUGAAUAUGCAAAACAAGUUGUUGAUGAAGUGUUUGCCAAUAGGGAGAUUGAAAAAGAGGGUUUUGAGGAAGCAGAGAAAUUAAGAAAAGCCCAAGAGGAAGAGGAGGCUCAAAGAGCAAGAGAAGAAGGUGAAAGGCGGAGAAAGGAUAGAGGUUAUGAUCGACGGGACAGACAUAGAGACAGAUGUAGAAAGCAUCGCCGUGAUUACAUGGAUGAUUAUCAUGUAAGUCGUGUUUUCUUCGUUGAUUAUUCUUUCUAAUGAUAAGUAGAAUAA